GUUCGGUGGACGCACUACGAACAGUUCCACAGCAGUUCGGGUGCCCUUAACCGUGUUCACGCACGCUGUCGAACGAAAGAGAACCAAAUAGACGAAGCUAGCCUAGUCGAGGUGACCGGCGGCGAGUUACCAAAGGACGUGGGAUUCGGUAGUUGUUUUGUGUUUAACCCGCGCCAAACGUGGCUGACAGAGACCGGCGGCGUCAGCUUCGCGUGCGUCAAGUUAGCUACGGGACGUUACGUGCGAGGGGAGGCACACACGGCCGUGACGACGAUAGGCGAGCGACGAUCGACGGACGGUCGAUCGGUUGUGCGGUGCAUCCGUAACGACGAACGUCGACUCGGGUGGACAACACCGCAACGGUGACAAGUAUAAAAGCGAGCGGGACCUACGAGCGAUUCUUCCUGCGUGUCUGAUGAUCUCCUCCGCGUUACUGCUGCUGCUGGCGGUAAGAUGGCUGUGCAGCUGGACGGAGGAGGGAAGGAGGAUCUGAAAACACAAUUCGUCACGCGGGAGGGCACGUACAAACUGAUGACUCUGUCGGAGUACUCGAGACCGAACCGGGUCGGCUACACCAACAGCCAAGGCAGCACGUCCGUCAGAGUAUCUUUCGUUACGUUGCCGGACCCAGCGGACCCGACGGGCGCGCAAGGUCUCGGCGAUCGAAUGUGCUUCAAUUUCGGCAAGGAGCUCUACGUCUACGUUUACCGAGGAGUCAAGAAGGCUGUGGACUUGAACAAACCAGUGGACAAAAAAUUAUACAAAGGAACUAAUCCAACUUGCCACAAUUUUAAUCAAACGACAGCGACAGCUGAUAGUGCACCACUACUGGUGGGAUUUUCUACUGGACAGAUACAGUUGAUUGAUCCAAUAAAAAAGGAACUUAGCAAACUCUACAAUGAAGAUAGGCUGAUAGACAAGAGUAAGGUAACAUGCAUCAAGUGGGUUCCUGGCUCGAACAACUUAUUCCUGGUCUCUCACAGUUCCGGACAGUUAUACCUCUACAACGAGGAACUGCUAUGCGGCACUACUGCACCACACUAUCAGUCGUUUAAGUCGGGCGACGGAUACGCCAUAUACACGUGCAAGACCAAAUCGACCCGGAAUCCGUUAUAUCGGUGGGUGAUCGGCGCGGAGGGUUGUUGCAUAAACGAGUUCGCUUUCAGUCCGUGCGGCACGAAUCUUGCCGUCGUGUCCCAAGAUGGCUUCCUGCGUGUAUUUCAGUACAACACUAUGGAGUUGGUUGGUUCGGCGAGGAGCUACUUCGGCGGCUUUUUGUGUGUGUGCUGGUCGCCCGACGGCCGUUACGUGGUAGUCGGCGGCGAGGACGACCUAGUGACCAUCUGGAGUUUCCAUGAGAAGCGGGUUGUGGCACGUGGACAGGGUCAUCACAGUUGGGUGAGCGUGGUCGCCUUCGAUCCGUACACCACAUCGUACGGUGAUCACGAUCCCGACUUUAGCGGCUCUGACGACGAGACAACGAUGCCGCACAACAAUCACAAUCACUUCCACGAGAAAUCACAUCGCCUGUCCACGACAUCACAAGGCGGCGUACAUUCGAAUCGGAACUCUUGCGGCUCCGAACUAAGAAUGUCGGGUGGUACGUGUUACAGGUUAGGCAGCGUGUCUCAAGAUACCCAGCUGUGCCUGUGGGACAUCACAGAAGAUGUUCUGAGGCAACCAGUGUGUCCCAAGCAAAGGCCAUCUGUGGCCAGCACCAGCGGCUCGCUAUCGGUCUCGGGCACGUUUAACAGUGGCAACGGUACGGCAACGACAGCGAACCAUCACUCGAACUCGAAUGCUAAACACAAUAACUUGAAUAACGUAAAUUUCAAGGAGAACGCGAGUGGUAAUAACGAGACUAGUAACAAUAGCACGAGCACAAACGCCGCAGUGGCAACCGUAAACUCGCUUACGCAGAGGCUAGCGGGUCUUGGUUUUGGCGAGCGUAAGGGUGAUAAUCACAAGAGAAACUUUAGCCUCACUAUGCGCGGCGGCGGCGGCAGUGGCGGUGGCGGUGGCGGUGGUGGUAGCAGUAGCGCGAUCAACAACAGCACGUCGACAGUCGUGCAAAAUAAUGGUAGCGAGAAAGGAAGCACUGGGAACUCGACGAACACGACGAGUAGUAGUCUAAACAACAGUGUCGGUGGGGGUUUAGUAGGUGGGACGGGUAACAAGAAGGUUAGUUCCGUGAUGGACGAUCCCAUGAGGUUGAUAGGAACCGCCUGGUGUCCCAGGUUCGACGAAUGUCCAGUCCUCGAGCCGUUGGUGUGCAAGAAGCUGGCGCACGAGAGACUGACUGAAUUAGUGUUUAGGGAAGAUUGCUUCGUGACGGCGUGUCAGGACGGAUACGUGUACACGUGGGCGAGGCCCGGCCACAUGGUAGGUCCUCUCACGAUAAGCAGCACCCUGCACAGGCCAUCACACUAUCAUAGCAACAACCCUUACACUAGUAUCAAUUCCAUGCGACGUAACGACCUCUGAUGUAAUCCGUUAUCUCCAGAUCGUUAUCUAGCAAGUCCACCACUUAGAAUCUGUUAGUUACUGAGAAUUCUGUAUGUACAUACAUAGAGUUAGGAAACUUAGGACAAAUGUUAUCGUGACAAAAAUGGCACGGAUAAAAGAAAACCCUCUUGUAACGUUCUCUAAGUGAAUUUAUCCACCCGCGAAGGUGGCAACAAUCAUUUGCUUUGUUCGAUAGUAUUAAACGGGACACAUACUGACAAAUUUGGUAUUACCUUGCCGGAUGUUUGAUAACGAUCAUGUCACUGUUAUUUAAGUUUUUUAUAUAUGCUACAAUACUUAAAGUCCCUGUCUACGACUUUAUAAAGAGUAUAUACACUUGUGUUUGAGUUCUAUUAAUAAUUGGGAGAUAUGUCAUCGACGAGGAGAAGCAUUGAAGAUUGUUUAGUAUUUUUGUCUAAGUUCAUAUUGUAUAUGAAUUACAGAAAUAUGUGGACGGACAAUACUAUGAGUGAACGAGACUAAACGUAGCAAUAAUCAGGUCUUUGAUAUACUUUUGCGAGACAUUUUCAUUCUUUAGCUGCGAACGCUAUGUACAUAUUUUUUAUUUGAAAUUCGCGUAGAUUUUACAUACAUCCUGUAUACUUGUGCAGAGUCUAUAUGUAAUUUCUUUAUAGAGUCGAUUUAAUAUUAUCAAUAACAAGGUCCCUCGAGAAGUCAAAUUCUCUGAGAAGAUAGAAAUAAAUAAAAACCAACUAUACAGGUGAAAACGCAGUCAAAGAGUCAAGCCAGAUCUCGUUUAAUCUUUUAACGCGACGUUUGUUAUUAUCACUCGUGUUCAAAGAUUGAAGGACUUUUUUCGUUUAUUGAAAACCAAUAAACGAAAUUUUUCGAAUCUAAUUUUUUGUCUUUCGUUCAGGACAUUCCACUGGCUUAAUAAAAAAAACUUGCGCGAUGUUCUCGAAUCGAAUGUACAAGUUCAUUGCAUGAAAUUAGGUACUUGAAAUUGAGUAGUGUAGAGCGCACAAAUUAAUAUUUUAUUAUUAAAAUAUGUUUGCGAGGAAACGGACGGAGCUUUAACACAUCUUCUAUUUGAAUGUGAUCGAUUUUGUAAUAUCAGCGAAUUUAGUGCAUGCGUCGCGCGAACGAAGAGCAGCCACGUGUGUGUGUGUGUGCUUUAAAGUUCAUUCAUAGUAUAGUCUGUCAUUGAUAUCUGUGCCUAACGAUGGUCUGGUCAAAGAUGUAUAUUCUCGCGGUGAAUGAGCCGCGCGAGAGCCUUGAUAGAUUGUGAGUAAAUGAUAUAUUUAUGUUUUUGGUUCGCAUCCUCGAAAGCAAUAUCGUUUAAGCCUUACGAGGUCUCCGUGACAGGGCAGGCCCCUUAUUAGCGAAGAAAAAAACAACUUUCUUUCUAUCUCCUGUGUUAUUAGCUUUAGCUUAAUCGAGCAUAGAGAGUGAAACAAAACAAAAAAGCAAAAAGCAGCCAAACUAUCGUCUCGAACUUAACGAUUACGACAUGCGAGAACAUUUAAUCCUUUGUUGAAAACCGAUAAAUUUUGCCUUGUUGUACAAUAAAGUAAAAAAAAGUU